AUAUUUGUCAAAGACAUGACCCACACGGCGUUGCUUGUUAAAUUGUGUUUUUAUGUUCCACAGCUUGUACAGGAGGGAAAGGUUCCUCUGAAGAGCGCUCGUUUAUUCUUAGAUCUCAGCGAUAAAGUGAGGAAGGUGUUAGAGUCCUACUUCCAAUUGGACACAUCUCUGUACUUCUCCUACUCCCACCUGGUGUGUCGCUCUGCCAUCCAUGAAAAGCAGGAGAACCGGAAGGACCUAAGCCAUCCUGUUCAUGUGGACAACUGUGUGCUGGUUUCUGAGCUCAAAGAGUGUAAAAAAGAACCUCCUGCAUACACUCACAGAGACUACAGUGCCAUCCUGUAUCUAAAUGAUGACUUUGAGGGAGGAGAGUUCAUUUUUACUGAGCUGGAUGCCAAAACAGUUACCGCUGAGGUGCAUCCCCGCUGUGGUCGUGUUGUUGGGUUUGGAGCAGGAAAAGAAAACCCUCAUGGUGUCCGAGCCAUCACUAAAGGUCAGAGAUGUGCUAUGGCACUGUGGUUCACCUUGGAUCCCACUCAUGAAGAAAAGGAAAGAAUACAGGCUCUGGAUAUGCUGACCAUGUUUUCUACACGAGUAGAUUCAGAAUUCAGUCAUAAAAAAACAAGGGACUCUUUUGAGUCUGGGCCAGCUCCUUUACAUGCUGAUGUGGUGUCAACAGAUAAACAGGAAGAGAUCCUGGAUAUACUUUCUGACACAAAUGCUGGAAAAUCUACUGAUCAGCUAAAAGGCAUGGCAAAGAAAAUAGGGACCACCAAAUCACCCGGUAAGGCCAAAGCUCCACCCAAGCCAAAAACCGAAGGUGGAGAACAAACCAAGGAAACGCCUGCUACUAAAGAUGCAACAGUGAAGCAGAAAGUGAAGCAGGAUGACAGAAAAGGUGCAAUUCCUGCUGUUAACAAAACAAUAAGAGAUGUCUCUAAGAAAAACUCAACAUCAGCGUCAGACUUUGAUGGUGGAAAAGAUGAGCUGUGAUAUGUGUGCAUGUUUGAUAUCUGUGUGGUAUCUAAAAUUUGUACUUAUUUUUUACAAGGUCCUCUCUGUCAGUGGAUAGAGAACAAGAAGUGGUGUGCUACAAAAUUUGCAUUUGCUUUCAACUUUACUUGGUGUCUGUUAAAUAAUUGACCUAUUUGCGGUCGUCCCAGGUUGUUUUAUCUGGUAAUGUGGUGUUUCUAUUGUAGACUUCUGUAGUAAUAAAAAGACUCUUCAAACCGUAA